AUGGUUGCCAACAUGUUGGUCGCGAGCGACUACGCCGAGCUUGCUCUCGUGUCCUCGACGCGCCGAGCUCUAGCCCCAGAAGAACGGGAUCGCCUCGCAGAACGCACCGCCAUCCUCGACGGCAUCGUCGUGACGUGGAAUGACGAAGAUCGCGUCGUUUACGCCGCGAGCGACCCCGCGUUCGGCGCACUGCUCACUGCGGGGGGCACGGUUGGCGCCGAGGAAAUUAGCUCGGCGAUGUGGGAACUCGGCGCCACGAGCGCCGGCGUCAAAGAUGCUGCUGGGGGCGCUAUUGAGGCCGAAGCAUUAGACGAGGCUCUCCGUAUCACUGAGGGCGUGCAGAGAGAAGCGGAGACGUCAAGUGGCGAACUGGACCCGGGAACUGGGGAUGCCGGCGCCCCCACACCAGGAGGAGGGAGCGGCGCGUGGAGCCUCUCAUCGACAGCCGACUACGUCCCCGACCACACGUUCACACCGCGAUCGCCGACCGACACCGACGACUUGGUGGGAGUUAGGGCGGUGUACCGCCUGUGCGAGGGGUGCUACUCGCGGGGGUACCAUAAGGACUAG